GGCCCAUCGAUCGGUCGGCUCGGCUCGGCGCGGCGCGGCGCGGGACUCCAGCUGAGCGGGCUGGCUCCCAGUGUCUGCAGGUGGUCCGACGGCUGACCGGGGCGGCUCCGACAGCGGCCACACGACCCGAGCUGACCGACAGAGACCAGCAGAGACCGCAGAGACCGCCCGGACCGCGCCGGACCGGACCGCCGCCCAGGUGUGUCCGGCUGACUGCCGCCGUCGACUCCGCACGCUAUGAUCAGCCGUCCUUGUCUGGAGACCACAGACCAGUUCCGGCGAUCGUAGUGUGUAACGGCUCGGCGGGAGGAGCUGCCAGCGGCACACCACCGGCGCCGCCCUCGGAGAUGCCCGGUGAAUCGGCACCGGCCAAACAGGAAGAGGUGCUGGAGCCGGUGUCUGCGGCCGAGGAGGGCGCUCCGGCCCGGAACGGCACCGGGCCCGGACCCGGACCCGGACACGGCCCCGGCGCCGGUCCGGGCGGCCCGGAGCGUCCGCCGGUCUCCGGACUGACCCGGCAGAGCCGGAGUCUGGAGCUGCCGGCGCAGAACAGCGAGCACGGCCCGCACACACUGCCCAGACAAAAGAGCGCGCGGCUCAAGGUACUGAUGCGUAGCCACGCCAUGCGGGAGGAGACGUCUCCUCCCCCGGAGGUGGACGCGCCUCCGCCGCCGCCUCCGCCGCCUCCUCCGCCGCCCCGGUAUUCUCUGAACGUGUCCCACGGCCACAAGCUGCGCAAGUUCCACAGCCAGGGCAGCGCAGAGGGCCGCGCCGGCAGCCCCCAUCUGUCCGCAGAGUCGUCUGGCGAGGUGUACAUGGACAGCAAGGGCGUGGAUGUGGAGCAGUUCCUCGUGGAGGCGCUCAAUGCUAACAUCAAGGACCAGGCGCACCUGCUCAAGUACGAACAGGACAUGCUGCAUUUCAUCAAAGAUAACUCGCGGGCCGAGUUCAAGUUCCCGCCUCAGUCAUCCUACCAGCGGAUGCUGGUUCACCGGGCGGCGGUCUACUUCGGUCUGGACCACAACGUUGACCCGACCGGAACGUCUGUGAUCGUGUCCAAGACCGAGAGGACGCGCGUGCCCGAACUCAGGUUCCGCGACCUGCUGCGAGACGACGGUGACGAACCGAAGCGGCUGCUGAAACGGGACGGCCUCCUGGGUCACUACUCCAGGAGUUUCGACAAUCCCAACUCUCUGGACUCUCGGCGCAGUCGCAGCUUCGAGGAGCGCGAGGUCGAGUACCGAAAGGCCCGCACCCGUAUCUUCAACAAUCAGCAGCAGGAGCUGGACGGCGACGGGUGGUCGGGUGACGGCCGGUCCGGCGGCGGCUGGCUGGACGCUCCGCCCGACCCCUGCCGCCGACAGAUGCCCUCCAAGGCCCACUCGGUCGACCAGCCGCCGCGCUACGCCCGCCUCAACACCGCCGACAGUCUGGACGCCAGCGGCAACUCGCUGCGUGUGGCCACCGGUGGCGGCGGCGGCGGCAUGCGGCCGCCGGGCGUCUCCAAGUCGCACAGCUUCGGCGGCUACACGGGCGCGGCGCCGCUGAGCCGGGGCGACAGCGCCGCCAGCGCCGGCAGCGCGCGGCUCGCCAAACAGGACUCGUCAGCCAGCAGUGUGUCUCGCCUGAGUCCGUCCAGCGGCUACAAGACGGCCUCGGUCAGCCAGGUGACCCUGGACUCGACUCCGUCACCCACCUCACAGCACCAGGCCGGUUACAGUCUGGACGAGGGCAGUGUGGCGGCCGGUGGCGGCGGGCCCAGCGCCGGCGGCGGCCCCGCGGUGGCCCCCGCUCCCGGUCCAGUCCGCGACUGCCAGCCCGUCCUCUGGGCCGUCACUAACCUGGAGGACGUGCCCGCCGGCUCCGUCAUCAUCGACCCCCACUCUGGCCAGCCGUACCUGAACCCGGACCGUACCGUGUACCGGUACAACCCGGCCAACCCGCCGCAGCUGGUACCGGCCGCGGCCAGCCCUCCGGCGCAGUUGCAGGCCGCGCCGGCCGCUUACCACGCCGCCAGCCCGCCGGCCGCCGUGCGGUUCGUCUCGCCGGGCGCGGACGGCCCGCCGCCCCCGCCGGCGCCCGCGCCGCUCCAGUACGUGCCGGCGACCGGCGGGCUGCAGUACGUGGCGCCGGGAGGCAGCCCGCCGGCGCCCGCCGUCCAGUACAUGCCGCAGCCAGGCCCCGGCCCGGGCGUGGCCGGCUACUACCCCGUGGUGCCGCCCAUGGCGGCGGCCGGCCAGCCGCGGCCGCACGCCGUCCACCAGCCUCAGCCGUCGGCCGACAAGCCGGGCGGCGACGUGAGUCACCAGCUGAUGGGUCUGACUCUGGCCGAGCACGGUCAGGGGGACGCCCAGCUGGCCGCCCAGCAGGCCGCCCAGCAGCAGCAGUACCUGCUGACGUACCGGCCGGCCGGCGGGCCGCAGCCGGGACCGCCGCCGUCGGCCGGCGCGCCGCCCCAGCCGCCGCCGCCUCAGCAGGCCAUGUUCUGUGUGCCGGGACCGAGCGUGCCGCUGCGCUACAUGUACCACCACCUGGUCAGCCCCGACCAGCCGCAGCCGCAGACAGCGUACAUGGGCGUGUACCCGGGCUGCACGACCAUGUCGUCAGCGCCGGCGGCCGAGGCCAGCUACUACGUGACCUCGCCGCCGGUGACGGGGCCGCCUGUGUACCCGCUGGCGCCGUUCUACGGCCAGCAGACGUACCCGGUGCCGGCCGGCCGGACCGCCUCCGACCCCACCGCCGUGUCACAGCAGGUGCUGGGUUACCCGGCGGCGCAGUACCCGGCUCUGGUGUCCGCCGGCCCGCCGGUGGCCGGCCGGCUGGUGAACGGCGGACAGCGGCUCCGCUCUGCCGAGUCGUGUGACGACUCGCUGCUGCUGCACCCGCACCCGCACCCGCUGGCGGCGCCGGCGCCCGCCUACCAGCGCACCAUGCCGCUCAGUGUGCGCCUGAUGGCGCCUCUGCGCCAGCCUCCCCAGUCACAGUCGAGCGCCGGCCGGCCAGGCCGAGCGCGCCGCAGCCGGGCUCGGAGCAAGGCGAGCAGCGAGGGAACGGUGACGCCCAACGGCGCCGACACCGGCGGCGGCUGUGUGCUGGAGGUGGACGGCGUCUGGCCCGGCCUGCGCCGCUGCGAGCUGGAGCGGCUGCUCGAGGAGCCGGUGGUGACGGCCGGCGGCGGCCGGCUCCAGUUCGGGCCCGGCUCGCCGCCGCCGGACGGCGCGCUGGCCGCCCACCAGCGCGUGCAGGCCGUGUUCGAGACGCCGGCCGGCGCCGACGCCGCGCUGCUGGCGCUCAAACCGGGCGGCCGGCUGCGGCUGCGGCGGCCUGACUGCUGAGCGCAGUGAGAGCACGGCCACAGGCAGGGACAGACAGCUAGUCAGAGGGCCGUGAGGACGCCGCCAGCCGGCCCCACUCACGGCCGCCACGUGUUGCUGCAAUACCGGCCGGCCGCGCCGGGCGCCCACACACAGAGUAUUACGGCGCGUCUCGAACUGAACAGGUGACCAUCAGCCGCCGCCGGAGCGGCCUGCACGCACUGCCGCCGCCGGCCGGCCGCGCGCGUUGCCCACAGUGGCCGCUGGAUAUUUUUAUACUGUUGGUUUUACAUUGUGUCUCGCUCACCGCUUGCGCCGGCCGCCGCCGCCGCCAGCCGCCGCGCCGCCUCUCGGUUUUGUGUUGGGUGUCGCUCGCCGGCGCCCCUGUCCGCUCCCCCAUGAUCUCGGAGAGCGCGCCGCUUGUGCGCCGGCGCUUUUGACACAGCUUUAACGGGCCGGCGCGCGCGCGCCUGUCGCGGCGUGCCGGUCCGUGCCGCCGCGUCCCGUCCCACGUCCCGCCGGCCUGCCGUCACCGCGUCCCAUCGCGUCCCACUCAGAGUGUCAGAGGGCGCGCUCCGAGAGUGUGAGAGAGGUGUCGGAUCGGUGUCCCAGAGUUCACCCCCUCCCCCCCCCCCCCCUCCAAUCGUCUAGUCGGGCGGCAUCGGUCAUGCAUCGGAUCUGUCACAUUGAUGUCGCGAACGAUCGUUAUAUUGUUUCACAUCAUUUCCUGUUACAAUUUUUUACUGUUCAACUGUGCGCGAGCCAGGAGAAAAUGAUAAACAUUGUUCCACAAA